AUGAUCGCUGCAAGCCGCCGUUGGUUGCGGCGCAACAGAACCGGCCUUCUGGUCGGUGCUGGUGUAUUGGGCGCUGGAUAUCUAGCUGGUCAAUAUGUCUUGGGCAAGAUACAGGAGGCACGGCAGCGCUCGACUGAAGAUCAGAUGGCAAAGGAGAACCUUCGACGACGAUUCGAGCAAAAUCAAGAGGAUUGCACAUACACCGUACUCGCCCUCCUACCGACGAUCAAAGAAGAGAUCAUCGAUGCCUUACCCGUCGAACAAAUAACCGAGCAACUGCAACAAGAACGAACCGACCGAUUAAAGCGAUUAGGAGGAUCUGAGGCUGCGACAAGCGAGUAUCCGUCCGUACCACCUAGCGUUGCAGACGAAAAUGGCAAGAGCAUGUCCAGCAGCAGCUUCGUGCAUGCAAGUCAGAUGGUAUCCAGUGUGACGGAUGGAUCAAGCAGUGCGCCAAGGCCAAAGAGAAGUAAAGCGCAGUUGUGGCAGGAUAUGAAGAUCCACUCGAUCACGCGGGCCUUGACUCUUAUUUACACGGUCUCGCUACUCGCAAUGUUCACGCGGAUACAGCUGAACCUACUUGGACGACGGACAUAUCUGUCGUCUGUAGUAAGUCUGGCUUCUCCACCGACAGCGCAACAGGCCUCCACGAUAUCACUAGAGAACCGGGACGAUGAUGGAUAUGACAAUGUGUACGGAAACGAUUUCGAGACGAAUAGAAAGUACCUCACAUUUAGCUGGUGGCUGCUGCAUAGGGGCAGUAAGCGAUUGAUGGAGAAUGUCAUGGAAGCUGUAAAGGAGGUGUUUGGUCAGGUGAACAUUCGAGAGGACAUGACGAUGGAGCGUUUAUCCGAGCUGUUGAUCGAAGUGAGACGUAAGAUCGAAGGAGCAACAUCCGAGGAGCGGUCCCAGAUGAAAUGGCUGUCAUAUCUGCUCCCACCGCGAGAGCAGGAGCUGGAAGUGAUACGGCGAGCCAGAGCGUCAGAAAAUGGAGAGUCGCCUUUACCAGGCGCACAGGAUUCUGACUACAUCGCGGUAGGCGGUACCGAAGUCAGUGCAUCGCUACGUCGGUUGCUAGACGAGACGGCGGAUCUGAUCGACUCGCCAACCUUCUGCCAAGUCCUUACCCGUGUGCUGGAUGCAGCAUACUCACACCUCGUCGACUACCGGAUCGCAACCGAGUCUUUCAAUGUGACUGGGCCGACAGCACCAGGAACCGACCAGCCUAGGGUUACGGAGAUCACGGAAAACAAAUGCAAGCUCGCACACAUUCUACCCGUGUUCUGCAAACAAGCAUAUCUGAUGGCGGCGGGGAGUGGUGACCUUGAAAUGUCCAGCAUAGUGGCGCCGGAAGGACCAGGGAAUGAGUAUUUGGCUGCCAUUGAUGGCGUGCAUGAGCUGGAUGCGUUCGCGGCUGUGAUUUAUUCGAGUAAUUUUGAGGCGGAGUUGGAGGAGCGGGAGACUGUCGCUGCACCGCUGGAGGAGAAGUCGACCAGAAGUCAGAGGAAUGAGGAGCCUAUGAGCUUUGAACGCGAUGCUCCAGCCAACGACGAGCCGAUCGUAGCUGGAGCUGAAGGUGAAGCUGAGACGACCGAAGAUCCUGUACAGCCAUUGGAGACCGUACCGGCUGUCACAUCUUCAGAAGCCGGCCUCGAGGCGGCGUGGCAGAAUGCUUUGGCGAAGGAAGACGGGAAGCUGUCAGUGGAAGCACCAGUGCCUGUCGAGGACGAGUAG